GAAGAAGAAGAAGAAGAAGAAGAAGAAGAAGAAGAAGAAGAAGAAGAAGAAGAAGAAGAAGAAGAAGAAGAAGAAGAAGAAGACCUUGACAAAUUGGACAUGCGCAGAAGCCAACUUUGAAGUGGUCCAUUGAAAGGUUGACAGCGCGACCUCCUGUACUGUAGAAUGUAGUAUGGACCAUAGGACAGGACGAAGAAGUCCCGUUAAGAAGCUGUGGAGGCCUAAGAUGCUCUACUAGUCUGCUGGAAAUCCAAAGAAGACGAAGGAGUAAAAAGCAAAAUGGCGUUUGACAGAGAAGGCCUAAACGUGGCCACUGGCCAUUAUUGUUUCUCUAUUUGUAUUUAGUGCAUACAUGUACGCAUAUAUGUCGUGUAGUAGAUGAAACAUUGUUAGUCAUUGUUUGUAUCCGGAUACAUUAGUCUGAGCGCACUUUAUGUGCUAGCUUAGCUUGCUAGUUAGCUUAGCUUGUUAGCUGCUAACAAAGAGACGCGGACGUUAUCAACACAUCGCUAAGUAGAGAUCAAAUGUGAGUGUAAAGUGUUGUGAUUGUGUGAAAAUGUGCGAAAGAAUGAUAGCAAAGUAUGAGGAGGAACUUUGUCCAACAAAAGAGGAGAAGGAGCGACAACAUCAACUAUGGACGCUGUUUUCAAGAAACAUCAAGUUGUGUUACACAGAACAGACGUCCAGCAGCCCCCUCACAUUAAAGAGGAAGAGGAGGAUCCACAGCCCCCCCACAUUAAAGAGGAAGAGGAGGAAGUAUGGAUCACUCAAGAGGAGGAUGAUGUCACCAAGUUUCCACUGACUGUUGUCUCUGUGAAGACUGAAGAGCAUGAAGACAAACCACCUGAGUCCUCACAGCUUCAUCACAGUCCAAAUGUCCAGCAGCCCCCCCACAUUAAAGAGGAAGAGGAGGAUCCACAGCACCCCCGCAUUAAAGCGGAAGAGGAUGAUCCACAGCCACCCCACAUUAAAGAUGAAGAGGAGGAUCCACAGCCCCCUCACAUCAAAGCAGAAGAUAAUUCACAUCCACCCCAAGUCAAAAAGGAAGAGGAGGGUCCACAGCCCCCCCACAUUAAAAAAGAAGAGGAUAAUCCACAUCCACCCCACAUUAAAGAGGAGGAUGAGGAUCCACAGCCCCCCCGCAUUAAAGAGGAAAAAGAGGAUCCACGGCCCCCCCACAUUAAAGAGGAAGAGGAGAAUCCACAUCCCCCCCACAUUAAAGAGGAAGAGAAGGAAGUGUGGAUCACUCAGGAGGGAGAGUGUCUUCUAGGGCAGGAGGAGGAUGAUGUCACCAAGUUUCCACUGACUGUUGUCUCUGUGAAGACUGAAGAGCAUGAAGACAAACCACCUGAGUCCUCACAGCUUCAUCACAGUCCAAACGUCCAGCAGCCCCCCCACAUUAAAGAGGAAGAGGAGGAUCCACAGCACCCCCACAUUAAAGAGGAAGAGGAGGAUCCACAGCACCCCUGCAUUAAAGUGGAAGAGGAUGAUCCACAGCCACCCCAUAUUAAAGAUGAAGAGGAGGAUCCACAGUCCCCUCACAUCAAAGCCGAAGAUAAUUCACAUCCACCCCACAUUAAAGAGGAAGAGGAGGAUCCACAGCCCCCUCACUUUAAAAAAGAAGAGGGUAAUCCACAUCCACCCCACAUUAAAGAGGAAGAGGAGUAUUCACAGCCACCCCACAUUAAAGCGGAAGAAGAGGCUCCACAGCCGCCCCACAUGAAAGAGGAAGAGGAGGAAGUGUGGAUCACUCAGGAGGGAGAGUGUCUUCUAGGGCAGGAGGAGGAUGAUGUCACCAAGUUUCCACUGACUGUUGUCUCUGUGAAGACUGAAGAGCAUGAAGACAAACCACCUGAGUCCUCACAGCUUCAUCACAGUCCAAACGUCUGUGAAGAACAACUUCUGCCUGAAAAACAGGAGUGUAGCUUCAGGAUGGUGAAGGAGGAUCCAUCAAAGAGGAAGACCAGGCGCCACAAACCCUCUGGCGUCUCCUUUUCCUCUUUGACACAGACCCUUCCCUGUAAAAAGGAAAAGAAAGACUCACUGACCACCCGCUUUAAAAAGGAAGAGGAGGAACACAACAUCAGUCAUGAGGGAGAUCCUCUUGAAGGACUGGUGGAGUUCCCAGUGACUGGUGUCCCUGUGAAGGGUGAAGAUGAUGAGGUCAAAGGUGAAAGUGAGGAGAAGAGAGAGGCGGAGCCUCCAAGCAGCAGCUCAACACAACACAUGACAACAGAAGCUGAUGGAGACCACUGUGGAGGAUCACAAGCAGACCAGCUCUUAGCUCCACUAUCAGAUAGUGAGGACACAACGUCACACUCUCCUGACACUGAUGAUGAAGACUCUAAAGAUGAUAAGACAUGUCACACUGACAACACUCUCUUGAAAUGUUCUCACUGUGACACAAUGUUUAAAUACCAUAGUUCUCUGAAAAGACACAUGAGAACACGCGCUGGAGAAAAAACUUUUUCUUGCUCAGAUUGUGGUAAAAGUUUUACUAACAGUAAGUGUUUGAAAGGACACAUGAGAAUACACACUGCUGAAAAAGAUGUUUCCUGUUCAACCUGUGGUAAAGGUUUUACACAAAGGCAGAGUUUGAAAGUACACAUGAGAACACACACUGGAGAAAAACCGUUUUCCUGCUCAGAAUGUGGUAAAUGUUUUACUAACCCUAAGUGUUUGAAAAUACACAUGAGAAUACACACUGGUGAAAAACCUUUUUCCUGUUCAACCUGUGGUAAAGGUUUUACACAAAGGCAGAGUUUGAAAGUACACAUGAGAACACACACUGGAGAAAAACCUUAUUCCUGCUCAGAAUGUGGUAAAUGUUUUACAGAAAGUCAAUAUUUGAAAAGACACAUGAGAACACACACUGGUGAAAAAUCACCACAUUCCUGUUCAAUCUGCAACAAAAGCUUUUCUGACCAAUCAAACCUUGUAGCACACACGAGAACACACCCAGGAGAGAAAGUGUUGAGUUGCAGUGUGUGUGGUGAAAGAUUCUCUCAUAGGUACCAGUGUAAGAAACACAAGUGUGCUGCUGGGAACAGCAGCAGGACAUGAAAUUGCAGGCUUUGAAAUAAACUGUCAAGACUUUAAUGUUGACUUUCUAACAACAUCAGCACAUAUAACUUGUGUGACAUUGUUGUUUGUGUAACAAUCUUUUUAAUAUGCUUCUACAUUUAUAGAGUAGAUAUUUUAUAUUAGUGCUUUUUUCAGUCAAGUACAUGCAUUAAUAUGCAAUCAAAGUUUGGAGUGUCAGACAAAAGCCAAUAUUGUACAUCAUCCCACAGAGAUUUACUUUGCAUGCAUUCAAAAAAUAAACUGUUUAUUUUGAUUCCUUAUCACAGAACGAACAAGUGUUGUCUUCAAUUGCAAAACAACACCUUAAAAAUUAUUUUAAGUGGUCAAUUCUGUCUUUUUUUUCUUAAAUGAACUC